AAGUAUGUCUUAGACAAGAAUUAAUUUCCUGUUAAGUACUAUGGAUUGUUAAAUGAACCAAUUAAGUUGAAAGUCUGAGGGUAAGACAAGGCUUCUUUUAUUCAUUUUUUUUUUCUUUUAAAUUAAAACUGUUCCUUCUUCAUUUGUAUAUAAAUGAUAAUCAUAUAAUUUUUCACUUAAUUUGUAAUUCUUUUAAAAUAUAUAUAUUUUUAAAAGUUAAAUUGAAUUCUUUUUGGUGCAAAUAUAAACCAAAGAGGCAGACAUUCUGGCAAUAAGCAUUAUGCAGUUAUAUUCCUCUGCCUAUUUCAGACUAUUUCACUUCUCUUUUUCUUAAAUUUUGGAUCUUGUUGCUUUAUUUCCUCUAUUAUUCAAGUUUCCUAUUUCACUACUCAAGAGUUGAGAGCUGCAACAACCAUGCUUUUGACCAACAUUAUAUAUCAAUGGUCUCCAUUUCUUUACUUCAUUGAUCAACUACAGAACAUUAUAUUACACUGAGGCUGCAGCUUGCAGGAGUUAGCUAUUUAGAGUGAAGAAGAGCAAAAAUGAACGGCUUGGAUGGAUUCAUGCGAUGGAAGAAUCUAAAGCAACGACUAUCAUUCAAGGGCCUGGGUUGCUGUGGUGGAACUUGGACUCCUAGAGCCACAAUCAGGACCAUUAUAGAGGAAGACGAAGAAGAAGAAGAAGAAGAAGAAGAGGAACCCAUUAUCAUACAAGAGCAAGGAAGCGAUCAACCAGUGGUCAGCUUCGCCAACGCAAGUCAACUUCCCGUGGGGAACAGUAACAACGACGCGGCGACUGCUGGGAUUAACCUUGGAAUGGCAUUGGCUGCUGAGCGCAAUUUGCGGAGAGAAAAUGUGGGUCCCCUGAAAAAUGAUGGGCCUGUCAAGACCCUAAUGAGACUGAUUGAAGAGACAGACGGUGUAGAUUGGAGGACAAAGAAAAGGAGGGAAAAUGAGUAUGGAGGAGGAGGAGGAAUAGGGAAUGAGAAUGAUUGGGUGUGCUGCGUAUGCAUGGAUAGGAAUAAAGGUGCAGCUUUUAUUCCAUGUGGACACACCUUUUGCAGAGUUUGUUCAAGAGAAAUGUGGGCCAAUCGAGGGUCUUGUCCUAUCUGCAACCGUUCGAUUCUCGAAAUCCUUGAUAUUUUUUAAGUUGAUUUGAUUUUCUUCUUUUUGACUUUUUGACCCCUUUUUUGGCCUUUAAUUUGAAUCAAAGGUCCAGGAUUUGGCUUAAUAUUUGAUUUUUCCCA